CUCGGUGCGUCCUGAGAGGCCUUGCGGAGCCCGCAGUGGUACUAUGGCUUCCAGCGGCGUCGGCGUGAGCGCUGCCGGCUCGGCGAAUGCGACUCCCGAAAUUCCGGACAACGUGGGAGACUGGCUUCGGGGCGUCUACCGCUUCGCCACCGACAGGAAUGAUUUCCGGAGGAACUUGAUCCUCAAUUUGGGACUUUUUGCUGCAGGAGUUUGGCUGGCCAGGAAUUUGAGUGACAUUGACCUGAUGGCACCUCAGCCAGGGGUGUAGCCAGAUAGACACAUGGAACCCCUGUGCUGUACUUGAACCUUCCAAAAACAGAUCAUCCAAUCUGUGACCAUCACAAGACUUGCCCUGAUGGCAGCUGAAGUUUGAUUCAGAGGGGCACCAUCCGUUCCCUGCCUGAUUUCCUUUUCUUCACUGGGUCCACUCAGAACUCCAUUCUCUGGUCAGCAGUCAGGCUUCAGCUAAAGUUCUGUUCUGAAAAGUUCUGUUCCUAAGUUUCUGCAGGGGGUGAUCUUUUUGCUCUUGUCUUAGGGCAUAACCUAAUGGUAUUUUAAUAAAUAUUUGAAAUAAAGACUGCACACAAAGACAGCCAUUUUAUUCUUUUAAUGAGAAACUUCGGCUUACAAAAACAAGGUGUAAAAAGUCAAGAUUUACAAAAAAUCAUAAAAACAUGAUUUAUAUUUCACACUCAAAAGAGACAGGAACAAGGCCCAAACAUGGAUUGUAACAGAAGUGGUUUGCUUCAUAAUAAA